AUGAAGGAGGAUAUGGGCUAUGAAUCUAAGAAGCUUAUGAGUGAUGAAUUUAAUGAAUCUGAUGGAGACUCAAUGAAGGUUGAUGUGAAUCCUAUUGACCUAGGUGCAAUUCCAUUUAACAUCCAUUCUAAUCCUUUAUCUACAGAUGAUAAUAAGGAUGACAUGGCUGAUUCUGAUGCUAGUGGAGAAUGGGUUGGAGAGACCAAGAACAGACGAGGAAAACAGGAGAGGAGAGGCGCGGAAGAAAAGAAAGAGAAGAAAUUGAGAGGAGCACAACACAGCUGGACGGAAAAACAAAAAGAAAACAGAGCACUGAUCCAAAAACUGAAAAAAGAGACAGACUAUGAGUGGAAAGAAAGAAUAUGCGAAGCAGGCAAGGAGAAGUGGAAGAACUGCCUCAAGCCUGGCAUCAAGAAAGGAGCUCUCACCAAAGAAGAACAACGACUUGUCAUCCGAUGA